AUGUCAGAAUUGCUUUUCAGAAAAGUGCUCAAUAACGAACACUUGCUCGAAAACAUUCUCGAUCAUCUUUCCGAAGAUUUCACAAAAAAUGUGAGUAUUCGAUUGGUGAAUUCAUCUUUCAAUGCGAAUUUUCUUCGAUCGAUUAGAUUAAACUAUCGGAGGAUGAAAAUGGAAUGUAUUGGAGCACCGGAGAAUGUAUUUUACCCGGAGACUAUAAAAGAUCAUAUUUAUAUAAACUAUCGAAAAGUGAAGAAAACCGUUGUUCCCAACUACUUUAGAUUUCUCAGAAAUGUUGCAAAAGUGAAAGUUGAAGAGAUUAUCGUAAAAAACAUUAGCAAUGCGGGAAGAGUGUUCGCUGAGAAAUUUCAUGAUCUGGUCUAUAAUGAAUUGAUUGGAUCGAAUCGCGCAAACGUGAGUAAGCUUAUUGGAUUAGGAGAAUUGUGUGCAGAGUGCGACGAUUGUAACGAAAUGAUUCACCAAUGUCGAGAAUAUGGUCCAGUCUUGUUUGACACGUUAUGCCGUUUGUCCAGCUUCAAAAUAUUUGAUAAAUUGCAUGUAACCAGCAGAACACUCGAAGAUUUUGCAAACUUCUGUUCAUUUUUCGCCGGAUGUAAAGAAGAUAGCGUGGUUUUGUUAGACAGCGUCGUCCGACCUGAAAUAUCAGUUGACCAUUUAGUUUUGUGGAUAAAUGAGUCAAAAGUGUUCUAUGAAAAUGGAGUGAAGAAAAGAGACCAUUAUUAUAUGCCACGAGAAGUGAUUGAUAUCAUGCUGAAAAGAUCUCAAGAUAAACCACGUAUCCGUCAAGCUGUCACAGUCACACUUCUGUUCUAA